GUCUGUUAUUGACUUAUAAAUUAUAAUUAUUGAUAGUAAGGGAGAUUUUGACGUUGAUUAACGAUAAAAUUAUAUUGCAAUUAUAUUUUUGUUAAUUUGAUAGAAAGUGUUUUCGUAUAAAUGUACAUUGAUGUUAGUGGUAUGAUGUUAUUUGGCGUUACUUAAUUAUAAUGUCUACAUUAAUUCAGUCAUACGAGCAGCAGUACUCUGUCCUAACAGCUGAUAUAACAGCUAAAAUAGGGCGAUUAAAAUCUGCUAGCGACGACGAUCGUGAUCAUUUGUCAAGAGAAAUCCAGUCGAAUUUCGAAGAAGCAAAUGAUUUGCUUGAACAGUUGGAGUUGGAAUACAGAGGCGCUGGCUCUGGGUCGAGGGUAGGCGCCUACAGGGCUGAGCUGCAGCGAGUAAGAGAAGAAUACCGAUCAGUGGCGAGCAAUAGUGCAGCUUAUAAUAUAGACCAAGAGGAAUAUGACGACUGGUCGAUGGUCAACGACCAGCGACGGAAGCUGCUAGAUAAUACGGAACGACUAGAGAGAUCCGGCAAGAAUCUCACCGAGGGCUACAAGGUGUUGCUGGAAACCGAACAGAUCGGGGCCGCGGUGCUCCAAGACUUGAACGCUCAGAGGGAAACGAUUCAGAGGUCUCGCGGACGGCUGCGCGAGACGGACGCACAGCUGAACCGCUCGUCGCGGCUCAUGAACAGCAUGCUGAUGCGGCUGCUGCGCGAGCGCGCCGUGCUGGCGCUGCUGCUGCUGGCGCUGCUGGCGCUCGGCGCGGGCGCGCUGUACGCCUACGCGCCCUAGCACGCGGCCGCGCCGGGCUCCGCCUGCGGGCCCGGCCCGGCGGCCGGCCCCGGCCUGCGCCGGCGCGCCGACCCGUCCAUCGGGCCGCUGGCCAGCUUCGGCAUCGGGCUCGUGGCGGGCUCCGUCACGACCAUGACGGCGGUGUACUUCGUGUACAUGUUCCGGCGCCUCGAGAACCUCAUAUACCUGGUGCUCAACCGCGACGAGCGCAUGUGUCUGCGGUGGCUGUUCUCCAUCUGAGAGCCUCCUGCCGCCUCCGGCCACCCUCGAGCCUGCCGCCGAUGGCCGACGGUUGGAUACCGAUGAUGUUCCCCCGUGGGGAAUAUUCUACAUGACGAGAAAUAAUUAAAACUAGUUUGAUCUACUUCGUUAGUGUAAUAUGCUAUUCGCAUUAUUUAUGUAAACACGUUGCGAAUUAAGUUCCGCCGCCAUGGCGUCCGGGCGGCGCUACACACGCUGCGAUGCGAUCUCCUUAAUCCUAAUAAUAAGAUAAAAAUGAAUAUAAUUAAGGAAACUUCAUUGUUAAGUUUAUUUUAAACCGACGUAUUACAAUUAAUAAGUGGUUAUAAUCGCACGUUAUUAAAUUUAAUCUAGUGGCGUUAGUAGUAAGAAUUAUUAUUUAUCUGUGAUCGUUUGAAUUUUUUUUUAUAUCACUAAUGUAAUGGGUUUAUUUCUUAGACAGUUUAUUUUCUUAUUAAAAAAAUAGAUAUUUCAUAUUCUAGGUGUAAUAUUAUACAAAAUUUAGGAAACAGAGUAUAAACUGUAAUUAUGAAAAUGCAUAUUCUAAAUUUGAAAAUUUCCAACACGUCACAUGACUAUCAACGGUAUAAAGACAUGUAAAAGAUUGAUUAAUAAUUUAUAAUAACAUUUAAUUUGUAAUUAAAAUAUCUUACGAUUAUUUAUUUGUGAAUUAUUAACUUUUUUAAAGUAUCUUAGUAAAUUCCAUAUAAUCGCAGCUAAAGCAAAAUAUUAACAUAGAUAUAUAUAGAGUAAUCAAUAAUGAAAUUUAAAUUUCUAGGGCCUAAUGGUAUUGUGGUCAUAGACAUCUAUAUUCGUAGAUAAGUAUAUAACCGUUCGUUAUCCACUU